ACCAUGCUGCUGCGAGCCGCUUGGAGGCGGGCGGCCGGGGCCGUCAGCGCCGCGCCGGGGCCGCAGCCCGCGGCGCCCACCCGGGGACUGCGCCUGCGCGUUGUAGAUCAUGCUCCCCUGUCGGCUAUUCCCUCUGACACAGCCACUGCCCCUGAGGCAGAGUCAGUGCAGCGACCUCUCUAUAUGGAUGUACAAGCUACAACUCCUCUGGACCCUCGGGUACUUGAUGCCAUGCUUCCAUACCUCGUCAAUUACUAUGGGAACCCACACUCCCGGACCCAUGCUUAUGGCUGGGAGAGUGAGGCAGCCAUGGAACAUGCUCGCCAGCAAGUAGCAUCUCUGAUUGGAGCUGAUCCUCGUGAGAUCAUUUUCACUAGUGGUGCUACUGAAUCCAACAACAUAGCAAUUAAGGGUGUGGCCAGGUUCUAUAGGUCACGGAAAAAACACCUGAUCACCACCCAGACUGAACACAAAUGUGUCUUGGAUUCCUGCCGUUCCCUGGAAGCUGAAGGAUUUCGGGUGACCUACCUCCCAGUUCAAAAGAGUGGCAUCAUUGACCUAAAGGAACUGGAGGCUGCCAUCCAGCCAGAUACCAGCCUAGUCUCAAUUAUGGCAGUGAACAAUGAGAUUGGAGUGAAGCAGCCAAUUGCAGAAAUAGGGCAGAUAUGCAGUUCCAGGAAGGUAUAUUUUCAUACGGAUGCAGCCCAAGCUGUUGGAAAAAUUCCAAUUGAUGUCAACAACAUGAAAAUUGAUCUCAUGAGCAUCAGUGGUCACAAAAUCUAUGGUCCUAAAGGUGUUGGUGCCAUCUACGUCCGCCGCAGGCCCCGAGUGCGUGUGGAAGCAUUGCAGAGUGGUGGAGGGCAGGAGCGGGGUAUGAGGUCUGGGACAGUGCCCACACCGUUGGUGGUAGGGCUUGGAGCGGCCUGUGAAGUGGCUCAGCAAGAAAUGGAGUAUGACCACAAGUGGAUCUCGAAGUUGUCAGAGCGGCUGAUUCAGAAGAUAAUGAAGAGCCUUCCAGAGGUUGUGAUGAACGGGGAUCCGAAACAACACUACCCUGGCUGUAUCAACCUCUCCUUUGCAUAUGUGGAAGGGGAGAGUCUGCUGAUGGCACUCAAGGAUGUCGCCUUGUCCUCAGGGAGUGCCUGCACUUCUGCAUCCCUGGAGCCCUCUUACGUCCUCAGAGCCAUCGGCACCGAUGAGGAUUUAGCACAUUCUUCUAUCAGGUUUGGCAUCGGUCGCUUCACUACAGAGGAGGAAGUAGACUACACUGUGGAAAAAUGCAUUCAGCACGUGAAACGUCUUCGAGAAAUGAGUCCUCUCUGGGAGAUGGUGCAGGAUGGCAUUGACCUCAAGAGCAUCAAGUGGACCCAACAUUAGCAGAAUGGACCCCUGACUUUGCAUUUGCCUGGCCCCUCUUGUCUCACUGAUUCAUGCAUUGCCAGAUGCUUCAUUACACCCAGUGGGUGGUCCAUGGUCAAACCAGAAUUGGAAUAGCCCAGUUGCCUUCACCACAGCCCACUUUCAAGUCUGAAACACAAGGAGAGUAUAAUUCCCCAGCCUUAGCUCCUUUGUAGAGGCGUAUUCCCUGUUUCUUUUCACAAGUUCUUCUGGCCUUACAGUAUGUGGACAUUUUAUCCUAAAGGACUAAAGACAUUUAUUAUGAUAUUGCUGCUGGAUACAUCUGUCUUUGCGGGAGGACAGCGAGAGGAACUGGAAGUAAGCUCUUUGUCCAAAGACUGCUGUUUUGUGUGAAUAUUUGAAUCAUCACUUUCUGCUGCUUACCUGGACUGGCAACGUUGGCAACAAGCAUAAUCAACUGAUUUCAUCUUUUUUUUUUUUUGGUCUUUAAAGGGCAUCUCUUCAUAUUGACUGUGACGCAAACAGCAAGUCUUAGAAAAGGCUUGUCUUCUAUCUAUUUCAUCUUCCUCCUCCUCCUUUUUUUUUUUUUUUUGUUCAUCUAUUAUUUGAAUAACUUAAGGUUUUUUCCUUGAAAUUUGUUAACUUGAAGAGUGGAGAAAUAAAUUCACUUUCUUCCAUUUACU